UCUUGGCUGUGGCUAGCGGAGCGGCUAGCAGAGAAUAUCUCCGAAGAAGAUGAGGAGAAGCUGAACAAACCGAACCGCCGCUGAGCUAAAGGAACCGAGACUGUCGCUCAGACCGGACCCGACUCAGAGACCAGCUGACAGACCUGGAGUCGCUCUGGUCCCAGAAACACACACACCCGGUCCUGCCGGGCGGCCACGGGCUAGCCGGCUAACUUAGCCAGUAAAGAGGAACUGUUGCUCCUGUUCACUUUGGAUCUAUGUCGGUUAAAAACUGCCGGAAAAGAAGUCGAGCCGAGCCCAGCCGGGCCAGAUAACACUCUGGUUCCGUCGUCAAGACUGGAAGUAGUGAUGCCGGGUGAUCACCUGCUCCGAUAAAGCCAUCCUGAAGUUAAACCAAUCUGCACACGGUCCGCUAAGUUUAGACAGGUGUUCUGUGGCGGACAGGCGGCUUCAUGACCGAACCUCCCUCACACUGACCCGGAUAAUAUGUCCACCAGGACCCCCCUGCCGACUGUCAACGAGCGGGACACCGAAAACCAUACUUCAGUGGACGAUGGUCGUGGUCAGGUGUCGUCCCGCUCUGUCCGCUCCGCUCGCUGUAAAACCUCUUCGUCCGCCACAGACGAGACACCUCACAUCGGAAACUACCGACUCCUGAAAACCAUCGGGAAGGGGAACUUUGCAAAAGUGAAACUGGCUCGACAUGUCCUCACAGGACGAGAGGUGGCGAUCAAAAUCAUUGAUAAGACCCAGCUGAACCCCACCAGCCUGCAGAAGCUCUUCAGAGAAGUCAGAAUAAUGAAGAUCUUAAAUCAUCCAAAUAUUGUGAAGCUGUUUGAGGUGAUAGAGACAGAGAAGACUCUGUACCUGGUGAUGGAGUAUGCCAGUGGAGGUGAAGUUUUUGACUACCUCGUAGCUCAUGGGAGGAUGAAGGAGAAGGAGGCCAGAGCUAAAUUUAGACAGAUUGUGUCUGCAGUCCAGUUCUGCCAUCAGAAGCACAUAGUUCACCGUGACCUGAAGGCAGAGAACCUCCUCCUGGAUGCUGACAUGAAUAUUAAAAUAGCAGACUUUGGGUUCAGUAAUGAGUUCACUGUCGGUGGGAAACUGGACACGUUCUGUGGUUCUCCUCCGUACGCUGCUCCUGAACUCUUUCAGGGUAAGAAGUAUGACGGUCCAGAGGUGGAUGUGUGGAGUCUGGGUGUGAUCCUCUACACUCUGGUCAGUGGAUCUCUGCCGUUUGAUGGACAGAACCUCAAGGAGCUGAGAGAGCGGGUGCUGCGUGGUAAAUAUCGUAUUCCUUUCUACAUGUCGACCGACUGUGAGAACCUCCUGAAACGCUUCCUGGUGUUGAACCCGGGGAAACGAGGAACUCUGGAGCAAAUCAUGAAGGAUCGCUGGAUCAAUGCCGGCUCUGACGAAGAGGCACUGAAACCCUUCAUUGAGCCGGAGCUGGACAUCAGAGACCAGAAGAGGAUCGACAUGAUGGUGGGGAUGGGUUACUCCAGAGAGGAGAUCAAUGAUUCGCUCACCAAGAUGAAGUAUAAUGACAUCACAGCCACCUACCUGCUGCUGGGACGCAAGGCUGCUGAGGUGGAGGUGAGCGACUCCUCGUCCUCCAGCAGCGUCUCUUUGCUCAAAGCUCGUCCGUCCAGCAGCAGCCAGUCUCCUGCUCACCUCCUGAACCAACACUCCUCCUCCUCCAAGCAGAGGAGGUACAGCGACCAAGUGUGUCCGGCCUCCUCUGCCGCUCCCCACUCCAGAAGGAGUCAGACGACGGCAUCGGCAGAGGGGGAGGUGAAGCAGGAGGUGGGAGGUCAGAACAGGAAGUCCAGUCCUGCGGAGGGAGGAAGUCCUCUGCUGGGGAACGCCAACAACCCCAACAUGGCCGAUAUCCCUGACCGGAGGAAGACAUCGGCCACCCCCACCAGUGGAUCGUCCAGCAUGACGAGGAGGAACACGUACGUCUGCAGCGAGAGGAACUCGACAGAUCGACACUCCGUGGUCCAGAACGGCAAAGAGAACAGUUCAGCCACCACCCCCCCUCAGAGGUCAGUGGGCGGAGCCUCCACCCACAGCAUCAGCAGUGGAGCAACUCCCCCCGACCGGCUGCGGUUCCCUCGGGGGACGGCGAGUCGCAGCACCUUCCACGGAGGUCAGCUCAGAGAGAGACGCACCGCCACGUACAACGGCCCCCCUGCCUCACCCAGCCUGUCGCACGAUGCCACGCCUCUCGCCCAAUCACGAGCCAGAGGAUCCUCCAACCUGUUCUCCAAACUCACGUCCAAACUCACACGAAGAGGUGUGUCUGAGGUUGAGAGGAACGGGCGUGCUGAGGGGUCCAGCCGUAAUGUAUCAUGUGAUCAGAAGGAGGAUGCCGGCUCUCCUGGUGCUCCUCAACCGAAGGAAUCGAAGCCCCGCUCCCUGAGGUUCACCUGGAGCAUGAAGACCACGUCCUCCAUGGAGCCUCAGGACAUGAUGAGGGAAAUCAGGAAAGUCCUGGACGCCAACAACUGUGACUAUGAACAGCGUGAACCCUUCCUGCUGCUCUGCGUCCAUGGAGACGGACACGCCGACAGCCUCGUCCAAUGGGAGAUGGAGGUGUGCAAACUGCCCCGCCUUUCGCUCAACGGAGUCCGCUUCAAACGGAUCUCAGGAACAUCCAUUGCCUUCAAGAACGUCGCUUCCAAGAUCGCCAACGAACUCAAGCUGUAGAGACGCAGACAGGCUUUCCCUCACCUGCCUCCAGUGGACAUGAAUGACUGCUGCAAAGGAUGAUGGGACUCGCAGUCCAGUGUUAUGAAGGCAACAGGAGCUGAUCUGCUGUGAUGGACAUUUGUUUUAUUUUCAAAGACCCUCUGCAGUGACUGAACUGCAGGUGUUUAGCCCCUCCCACCAAAUAAAUUACUGGGCGGGGUCAUGUGAAAGGGGCGAGGUCCUAGAAACUGUGGGCAGGUGAUGUGGAGGCAGACAGGUUGAGUCCUGUUUGUGAAUGUAAAUAGUUUGUCUGACAGAGACACACCUGGUUUUCAUGUCCAUUGUUUUCUCUUUUGUACGUGUGAGCAGUCAGCUGAUCGACAGCUGAUCACAGCUGAUCACAGCUGAACAUCAGCUGAUCGACAGCUGAUCAACAGCUGAUCACAGCUGAUCGACAGCUGAUCAACAGCUGAUCAACAGCUGAUCACAGUUGAUCGUCAGUUGAUCGACAGCUGAUCGUCAGCUAAUCACAGCUGAUCGACAGCUGAUCAACAGCUGAUCACAGUUGAACCUCAGCUGAUCCACUGCUGAUCGCAGUUGAUCGUCAGCUGAUCGUCAGCUGACUGUUGUCGUUGUUUGUUGACUGAACCUCAGGUUCACCUGUGUCUCAUUAAACACCUUGAACACAGCACAGCUUCCUGUCUGAACUGCUUGUUCUCUGAAUGACAGUGAAACUACAGCAGCCCGGAGGGGCCAUGACCACAGUUUGAACAGCUGUCAGCUCAUCUUUAGCCGUUUCUGGCUCUUCCUCAUGCAGGUGACAGAUUUCAGUCUCUGACACUUCAGCUGACCUGAGCGGCACGUGGUGCACGUUGUCAUGGUAACAGCACUGAACCAAAUCAGCUGCGGCAGUGAAGAAUUUGUGUCCAUCUGUCAGCGAGGUCGUGUGAUUGGUCAGUGAGGGUUGUUUUGAUGAUGGAACGUUUGACUGUAAAGACUUUUACAGAAAGAAGAAAAUGUUUUCUAUGGAGAACCUGAAGAACCAAACUUUACGUUUAAUUAACAAAUAAAAUCAAUUU